CGAUAAUCUUGGAGGAUCCUUUAUUAAAGAAGCUCUCGCUCGGUGAAUCACUAGUGUAGUUCCCGGCAAUAGUAUUGCGCAGAAAGUUCAAAGGAAACUUGGAGCAUCAAUUUCUAAACGUCGUAUGUAAGAAAAAUUUUGAAGUUUCUUACUUCAAACGGGAACCUGCUUAAAAAUGUUUCGCACCGUUCUGUGCCUUUGCGCUAUCGCGGCGCUGACUAAUGCCGAUAUCGUGAGAAUUCGUUUGCACAAGAUGGACAGUGUUAGGAAACAACUCAAAGAAUAUAAUACUGAAAUGUACCAAGCUCAUAUGGUGCAAGGAGAUUUUCCUCAACCAGAGCCUCUUUCCAAUUAUCUAGACGCUCAAUAUUAUGGCGAAAUUAGUAUUGGAACUCCGGCGCAAAACUUCAAAGUAAUCUUUGAUACUGGUUCUUCAAACUUGUGGAUUCCAUCUAAGAAAUGCCACCUUACCAACAUUGCUUGCAAACUGCACCAUAAAUAUGAUAGCACAAAAUCGUCCACGUACAAAAAGAAUGGUACCGAUUUCGCUAUCCAUUAUGGCUCUGGCAGUCUUUCUGGUUAUCUCUCGACUGAUGUUGUGGAAAUUGCUGGACUCAAAGUCCAGGACCAGACCUUUGCCGAAGCUAUGAGCGAACCCGGAUUGGCUUUCGUUGCUGCUAAAUUCGACGGCAUCUUAGGUAUGGGUUAUUCUAGAAUCGCUAUCGAUGGCGUAACACCUGUUUUCUACAACAUGUUCAAACAAAGAUUGGUACCUCAACCCGUUUUCAGUUUCUACUUGAACAGAAAUCCUGAUGAUAAGUUUGGUGGAGAAUUAAUCCUUGGCGGUUCAGAUCCACAGCACUAUCAAGGUUCGUUCACCUAUGUCCCAGUCGACAAAAAAGGAUACUGGCAAUUCAGAAUGGAUGGAAUCAAAGUAGGAUCCCAAAAUUUGGCAGUCUGCAAGCAAGGAUGCGAAGCUAUUGCUGAUACAGGCACUUCACUCAUUGCUGGGCCAGUCAAAGAAGUUGAAGCCAUCAACAAGGCUAUUGGAGCUACUCCCAUCGCAGCUGGAGAAGCAAUGGUAGAUUGUAACUCCAUUCAUAACUUGCCUACGAUCAACUUUGUGCUUGGUGGCCAGUCUUUCCCUUUGACUGGUGAGGACUACGUUCUGAAGGUUACGCAAUUCGGCAAGACCGUCUGUCUCAGCGGAUUCAUGGGAUUGGACGUUCCUCCACCAAACGGGCCACUAUGGAUCUUGGGAGACGUUUUCAUCGGCCGUUAUUAUACCGAGUUCGAUAUGGGAAACAACCGUGUCGGUUUUGCCAAGUCAAAAUAAGAGAAAGUUGAAGAAAUAAGUCAGCGGUUUUUAAAUUAUGCAUUCCUUCUUGGAAUGUCUAUUUUCGUGUAUAUUACGUUCAUACGUCUUCUGUAAUAUUUCCAGUAAUUUCUCUGCUUUUCAUAUGUACUGUACGUACAGUAUCCGUACGAGACAAAAAGUAAAUGUAACAAUAAGUAUGAAUAAUA